CCGCCCCCGGGACGCCUGGGUUGGAGCCCCCUCCCCGUUUGGCUUGCAGCCCACCUUCCAGCCGCCGGUGACUCGGGCACCCGAACCUCGCCAAGGAGCUCCGGAGGGCUCUGGGGUGGCGGAGCGCGAGGCGGCCGGGAGGUGAAGGGAGCGGCUGCGUGCGGGAAGGAGCGGCAGGGCUGCGUGCAGGCGAUGGAGCGCGCGGUGGAUCCCUGGGGCCCGGAUCUCCAUGGCUCGGAGGAGAGGGAGCAGCUGAGAGGCGCCCGCACAGGUCUAGGGAGUGAGAAUGUGGAGAUUUCUCAGCCCCAUGAGUUUGAACAUACCCCACGGGAGGAUGACUUGGGGUUCAAGGAAGAGGAAGAUUUAGCCCCAGGUCACGAAGUAGAAAAUGCCUCUCUCAAACCCCAAGGCAUCCAGACCUGGGAUGACUUGUGGGUCCACAGAGAGGGCCCAGGAAAGCCGCCGACUCGGGACAGAGGCCCCCGGCUCCUGGGAGAACCUCGCUGGGGCCAGGCUAGUGAUCGAGCUGCUGUGUGUGGUGAGUGCGGCAAGAGCUUUCGACAGAUGUCAGAUCUGGUCAAACACCAGCGGACCCACACUGGGGAGAAGCCCUACAAGUGUGGGGUCUGUGGCAAGGGCUUCGGUGACAGCUCUGCUCGUAUCAAACACCAGCGAACUCAUAGCGGUGAAAAGCCCUACAGAGCACGGCCACCUGCCCAGGGCCCUCCAAAGAUACCUCGGUCCCGGAUCCCUGCUGGUGAGCGCCCCACUAUCUGCGGUGAAUGCGGCAAGAGCUUCCGGCAGAGUUCCGACCUGGUGAAACACCAGCGGACGCACACAGGUGAGAAGCCCUACAAGUGUGGCAUCUGUGGCAAGGGCUUCGGUGACAGUUCUGCCCGGAUAAAGCACCAGCGGACACACCGGGGGGAACAGCCCCCUCGGCCCGUGGUGCCCCGACGGCAGCCAUCUCGAGCAACUACAGCAGCCUCGCAGGGUCCCAAAGCCCAGGACAAGCCAUAUAUCUGCACUGAUUGUGGUAAACGGUUUGUGCUCAGCUGCAGUCUUUUAAGCCACCAGCGUAGUCACCUGGGGCCCAAACCUUUUGGCUGUGAUGUGUGUGGAAAGGAGUUUGCCAGGGGCUCAGACCUGGUGAAGCACCUGCGGGUGCACACAGGUGAGAAGCCCUAUCUGUGCCCUGAGUGUGGCAAGGGCUUUGCUGACAGCUCUGCCCGGGUUAAGCACCUCCGCACCCACAGUGGUGAGAGGCCUCACGCCUGUCCAGAAUGUGAUCGCACCUUCAGCCUCAGCUCUACCCUUCUCCGCCACCGCCUCACUCACAUGGAGCCCCAGGAGUUCAGCUUCCCAGGCUACCCCUUGGCCCCCCUAAUUCCCAGUCCACCCCCCAGCUCAAGUCCACCCCCGCCUCCUCUUGGAACCAGCCCUCCGCUGACGCCUCGAAGCCCUGCACACUCGGGUGAUGGGCCUUUUGGUCUGCCUGGUUUGGAGCCAGAGCCUGGGGGCCCACAGGCUGGGGAACCACCCCCACCACUGGCCGGUGAUAAACCCCACAAGUGCCCUGAGUGUGGUAAGGGCUUCCGCCGAAGCUCGGACCUGGUCAAGCACCACCGUGUGCACACAGGAGAGAAACCCUAUCUUUGCCCAGAAUGUGGCAAGGGUUUUGCUGACAGCUCAGCCCGCGUCAAGCAUCUUCGCACCCACCGUGGUGAACGGGCCCGGCCACCACCACCAUCUACUCUCCUAAGGCCACAUAACCCCCCAGGCCCAGCCCCCACUGCUCCUCGGCCCCGAGUCCGUGCCCAGCCCUCUGGACCCAGCCAACCCCACGUGUGUGGCUUCUGUGGGAAGGAGUUUCCCCGGAGUUCUGAUCUGGUCAAGCAUAGGCGCACACACACGGGAGAGAAGCCAUAUAAGUGUGCGGAGUGUGGCAGGGGUUUUGGUGACAGUUCUGCCCGUAUCAAGCAUCAGCGUGGGCAUCUGGUCCUGAGGCCCUUUGGGAUAGGAGAUGGUCGAGCAAGGCCCCUCAAGGAAGAGCCACCCACAGGACUGGAGUGAUGGAGUCCAGGGGUGGUGGGGGCCCAGGGCACCAAAGGGGGGUAUCUGCUGCUUAGGCAGAGAAGGAAGGGCCUGGGAGGUGGUGGGAGGGAGAAAGAGGGACAGGAGAAAGGAGUGAAUAGAUAGAAAUAGAUUGGAGACAAUGACCUUGAAGCUCAGGAAACUUAAUGGCUGGCUCAGUCAAGACCUUGCAAUAUGGUCUCUACGUCCAGCUUCUAGUACACUGCCUAGUAUGCUGUAAGCCCUCACUGCCUGUUAAGUGAAAAAAAUUGGUCUCAGCCUGAGGGCUCCUGAGGUAUCAAAUUCCUGCUGCCUCUUAAUGUGAAGAGAACUGGUCCCCUUCCAACUUUACCUGUGGUUAAGUCCAGCACCUUGAAUCCAGUUUAUGAACUUCAUGAGCUGCAACAAUGAGACUUGGAGUUUAGGGUGAGAGGAUGAGGCAGGGGUAUCUUGAUGGGGAGAGUAUUGCUGUGGAGUGGGCACUACCCCGCGUCAGGUCACUAGACGUGGCCAGGAAAGGCACUCCUAAACAGCCCACACCGCUCUGCCUUUGACCCCCACACACCCUGACAUCGGACACUGGCAGGCUAGAGACUGAAGGAAUGCUCAAGGCAUCCGUUCUGGUUGCCAAGCCCAGGGCCUUCUGAUGGAUGUGAGCGACAAACAGGCUGGGAGAGGUAGGGAAGCUCCAAGGCCCGACAGCCACAUCUUCAUGUAGCUCCUGGCCAAUAAACUGCUUCUUGUCUGAGGCGUGGACUC